UGUCUGCGUACGUGUUUUGCACGGACAACAAAAACGUUUCCGCACGGACGAUUUUAACAGUCGCACUGGGUGACAGCGUGCCGUUUCAACAGCAUGGCGUCACGUAGUGGUUAUUGAGCCGGUGUUUCGCUUGCAGCUUUGUUUGGUAACGAACAUGUCGGGAGCGUCAGGCGGAGAGAAACGCCCUCCUCCGAACUGGAUCCUGCAGCAUCCCGCGUACCAGCAGAUGAAGGACCUGCAGGUUGGGGACAGCGCUCAGGUGCAUGCAGCUUUUCUUGUGUACAUGGAUCUUACUGAGGUGCGGCGCUGGAAGGAGGUGUCCUGCGUGAAGAGUCCUGAGCUGCAGGUGGUUUUACUGGAAGCGAGGGAGAAGGAAGGCGCACCCACUCUGACGAUCCUUCCCCUGCCUGCUCACCAGUCUGUGACUCACAAAAGCAUACGACACGUCCUGGACAGAGGCUUUCCUAUGCUGCUGUGUGCAGUAGCCGCUGACUCCACGCUGGUCUACCAGAGGAUGACUGACGGCCUGGUGACGCCGGACCCUCCUGUAGGACCUUUUCAGGAUGUGGGACGCCGUCAGCACCGGAAGAGACGGCAGCAGCGCUGAGCAGCUGACUGAGAAUGUGAUGUAUUGCUCAAAAAUGGAAAACAGCCCCACAGGACCCCUUAAGCGGGAGUAUGUGAUUGUUAGGACGACCUUGCGGAGACCUUUGGCAUCGUGAAGUUCACCUCAGAUGCAUGUUGAUAGGUUAAGGCAAAGAGAUAAAAUUAACCUUAAGAAAAGGGUGCAGAGAUUAGAAGUAACAUUCCUUUUUUAAUGACAGUUGAACUCCUGUUACAAUCUGGAGUGGUGUGGUUUGUUUGCUGCAGUGUAUGCACACUACAGAGUUGACUAGAAGCUUUCACAAUGAAAUCAGGGAUGCCAUAUCUCGUUUCCAUGCCUCCAUAGAAACCUUUCAAUGGGGCCAGAUGAGUCUGCAUCCACAAAACUUACAGCUACGAAGCCAGUGAAUAUAUAUAUGAUAAAUGUGAAAAAUUACAGGAAAAGUAGUUCCUGAAAAGGUAGUUCAUUACCCAGACUGUCCUGCAAUUCUGAAAUAUAAAGUCUUUGUUAAUUUAAGGAAAAUGAUCUUUGUUUGUUGUAAAACAAAAACAGACAUUUCUAUAGUAGAUUGUAGGAAAACAGGAACUUAUCUGUCAUUUGUGGUGUGAAUGGCAAAGCUGUAACACUAAUGAAGAUACAGCUAAAAGUUCAUAAUCUAUGCACUCCUUUGAUUUUUCCGAAGCUGUCCAGUGGGUUAGAUCAGACACUUCAUUUCAUUAUUUUCAUUUUGUACCUUUUCUGCAUUUGUUCAUGAGGGAAAUGUCUCUUGUUUGUCUAAAAAGCAACGCAGAAAGUAGACACAAGGGGAUAGUGUCUCAAGUCUAAUAUUUUGGGGGAGGCUGUGUGCACGUGUCCCCCUGAAAUUUACGCCUAUGGUUUAUAAUCCAUGUCAACACAUUGGUUUUUGACAUGAAUCCCUUAAACACAAUUAUUAAGACCUAUUAUAAAUGUCAGUGAUUGUUUUAUUUAUUGUAAAAAAACAAAUGUGCCUUAUUUUGAAAUAAACAUCAGGUGUGAGAAAGACUAA